AUGGACGCCGAUCAGGAAGUCGCCUCAGUCUAUGAAUCUGCUUGCCAUUGGUCCUUAAGCAUUCUCAAUUUGAUGCUGAGUUCCUUUUGUUCUUCUCUUUUGUUGAGAGGAAGUAUCCUACGAUGCCGAGAUCCUUCUGAUCUAAUCUUUACCCAGGUGAAUCUAAGUCCAACUCUGAAAGGAGAGAUGGCUCAGAGAUUGGGAAUUUUGCACAUGAAUGAGUCCCGGAUCAUCUUCCAGUGCGUCCACAGAAGAGGAAAUCACAAUGCAUCUUGCUCAGCAGGCCUAGCUUGGAGUGGGACAGGGGCAAGGCACUUGACCAACGGGAGAAGCCAACUCCGUUCCUCCAGCUCCUACGCUUUUGUAUCUUGA